AUGGGGAAGAAUCGCAGGAACCGCGAAAGCGAUGGCGAAGUGGCCGAGACAACUGCUGCUGGCCAGCCGCAACAAUCGACAGUCGAGAGCAAGACAGUGAAUGGCGAAUCCGAAUCGCGUGAAAGUUCGUCGCAGAGUCAAAGCAGUGGAAGUCUGAAAAGAUCUGCCCCCGACGAUGACAGCGAGGGAUGGACAAAGGUCGAGCGAUCCAAUAAGAAGCGCAAGAAAGUCCCUCGCGAGGGAUCCAGCAACUAUCCCGCCAUCACCUUCUCCUCAAGUGCGAAACUGUUUGCCAAGAUCAACCUUGCCAUGCUUCGCGAUCUUAUUCUCUACCUUUUCGCCGAUGGAACGGGUCCCAAUUGGGUCUCCGUAUCGCACCGACCGAACUUCAGGAAGAUUGUGGUCUUGAUGAUACCUGGGUUGGAGGAAGCCAUGUUUAAUGAGGCCGUGGACUUCGACAAGUAUACGUCCGGCCCGAUUCGCGAUCAAGACCGGACAGACACGACGCCUGACGACUACUAUCCCCGUGCUCUUUCAGCUGAACGCCUCCCGCUCGCGCUCCAGGGGUUCGCCAGCAUGUUUCCCCAUCUUUGGCCCGUCAAGGCACCUGGCGACGACAAGUACAUGAAGCUUCAUUCGCCCAUGGCCACCUUCCUGACCGCACCUAUGCCCAAGAACAAGGAUGACAGAAAGGGUCCUAAGCCGGCGCGGGAACCCAGUGGCUGGAAGAACGAGCGAACCCGUAUCACCGAAUUUCUGGCUUCGCUCGAAGAGUUGGAGACCGCUGGUCACCUCAUUCACCCAGCACUCAUCGAGAACGAAGAUAAGAGAGCGAGCUUCAAGGUUCCAGAGGGAUGGGCCGUUUCCAAAGUCGACAAGCUUGAAGAUGGCGAAGUGCCCGAGGCGGAGAUUGAGCAGGGCAGCGUGACAGCUGGCCGAGAAUGUCUCGCGUUGGACUGCGAGAUGUGCAUGACAGGCGAGAACGAGUAUUCUCUCACGCGCAUCAGCGUUAUCUCAUGGUCAGGAGAUUUGAUCAUGGACGAAUUGGUGAAGCCAGAGAAGCCCAUUACCAACUACGUCACUCAGUUCUCCGGUAUCACAGAGGAGAUGCUGAAGCCGGUGACGACUACACUCAAGGAUAUUCAACAGAAGCUCCUUGACCUCAUCACUCCACGAACCAUCCUGAUUGGCCACUCGCUUGAGUCCGACUUGAAAGCCCUUCGUUUCUCUCACCCUUUUAUAGUCGAUACUUCCCUCAUCUACCCCCACCCGAGAGGCCCGCCUCUCAAAUCGUCGCUCAAGUGGCUUACUCAGAAAUACAUCAACCGCGAGAUCCAGAAAGGCGGUGCCAAUGGACAUAACCCUAUUGAGGAUGCUCGGGCUUGUCUUGAUCUUGUCAGACAAAAAUGCGAGAAGGGCAAGAUGUGGGGCGCGUCCGAUUCCCAGGGCGAGAACCUGUUUCGCCGGCUUGCCCGGGCUGGAACUGCAUACAAGGCGCAGGGCGGCGAGGCAGGCGGUCUAGUCACGGGCAAGACAAGUGCUGCCGUGGACUGGGGUGACCCGUCCAAGGGUCCUGGUGCUGGAGCGACCUACCAAAUAGGUUGCAAAUCUGACGCAGAUGUUGUCAACGGCGUCAUUCGUGCCAUCAAGGGCGAUCCGGACGGGCUGGAGAUUCCAGGCGGCGGCGUCGACUUCGUUUGGGGUCGGAUGCGAGAGCUUGAGGCGUUGCAAGGCUGGUGGAACAAGAACCGGGUGGAGAGUGUUGGCGGUGAUGGCGGGCCUCCGGCCUUUGAUACAAAGCUUGACGAAAAGCUCGGCAAAUCCCCUCUUGAGCAGUGCUUAGCCCGCCUCUCGGCCUCUCUCCAGGCCAUCCAUGCCUCCCUACCGCCCUGCACUGCAUUCAUCGUAUACACGGGCUCCGGCGAUCCUCGCGAGAUGAGCAGACUCCAGGCAUUGCACUCACAAUGGAAGCGGGAGUACAACACGCCUGGAAAGAAGUGGGAUCAGCUAUCUGUCAAGUGGACGGACGAUGAGGAGCAAGCCCUUCGACGUGCAGUCAGGAAGGCCAGACAGAGCAUCGGCUUCAUUGGCGUGAAAUAG